GUUUCCAGGGACGUCGUUCGGUGACGCCGGCGGCGGGGGGUUCGGAGGCGGAGGCGGGGGCCGCGGCGGACGCGGAGGUGGUCGCGGCGGCGGCGGCGGAGGAAGGGGUUGUUUUAAGUGUGGCGAGGAGGGUCACAUGUCGAGAGAAUGCCCUAGCGGAGGAGGUGGUGGUGGCGGGGGCGGCGGCGGGAGCCGAGCCUGCUUCAAGUGCGGAGAGGAGGGCCACAUAUCCCGUGACUGCCCCAGCGGAGGAGGUGGUGGUGGCGGGGGCGGCGGGAGCCGAGCCUGCUUCAAGUGCGGAGAGGAGGGCCACAUAUCCCGCGACUGCCCCAGCGGAGGGGGCGGUGGCGGCGGGGGCGGCGGCGGCGGGAGCCGAGCCUGCUUCAAGUGCGGCGAGGAAGGUCAUAUAUCCCGCGACUGCCCCAGCGGAGGGGGUGGCGGCGGCGGCGGUGGCGGUGACAACCGCGGGUGCUUCAAAUGUGGCGAGGAGGGCCACAUGUCUCGAGACUGCCCUCAGGGAGGCGGUGGAAGUCGAGCGUGCUUCAACUGCGGAGAGGAGGGACAUCAGUCCCGGGAAUGUCCAAACCCGGCCAAGACGCGCACCACGGUCGGCGAGGACGGCAAGCCGCGCGAGAUAUAUGUGCCAACGGAGAGCGGCGAGGACGCUCUCUACAAGGAUGGAAUCUCGUCCGGUAUUAAUUUCUCUAAAUACCAGCACAUUCCGUGCCGGGUGACCGGUAACAACAUCUGCGAGCCCAUCAGUUCGUUCGAGCAGUCGGGCCUGCGGCCUAUCCUGCUGGAGAACAUCAAACGCUCGGGCUACACGACUCCGACGCCCGUGCAAAAGUACGCCAUCCCCAUUGUGAUGAACAACCGUGACCUGAUGGCGUGCGCCCAGACGGGCUCGGGUAAGACUGCCGCCUUCCUGCUGCCCGUGAUCCAUUCGCUUCUGGAGCAGAACGUGGCGGCCGCCUCGUACAGCUCGUGCCAGGAGCCCGCCUGCGUGGUGGUCUCCCCCACCCGCGAGCUGGCCAUGCAGAUCUACAACGAGGCGCGCAAGUUCUCCAACACGUCUGUGAUCCGCGCCGUGGUGGCGUACGGAGGCACCUCCGUCAACCACCAGUCCAACAUGCUGCAGAAAGGAUGUCACAUCCUGGUGGCGACACCGGGUCGGCUGCUGGACUUUGUGGAGAAGGGGAAGGUGUCGUUUGGUCAGUGCAAGUACUUUGUGCUGGACGAGGCCGAUCGGAUGCUGGACAUGGGCUUCCAGGGGGACAUUGACCGUAUGAUCAACCACCCGUCGAUGCCGCCCAAGGGCACGCGGCACACGCUCAUGUUCUCGGCGACGUUCCCGGAGCAGAUUCAGCGUCUGGCGGCCAACUAUCUGAACGAGUACCUGUUCCUCACCGUGGGCCUGGUGGGCGCCGCCUCGACAGACGUGACGCAGAGCUUCCUGGAGGUGGGCCACCGCGAGAAGCGCGACAAGCUGGAGAGCGUGCUGCGCGACAUCGGCGGAGAGAAGACGCUGGUGUUCGUCGAGGCGAAGCGGGUGGCCGACUUUAUCGCGUCGCACCUGUGUCAGGCCGGCUUCCCGACGACCAGCAUCCACGGCGACCGGCUGCAGCGCGAGCGGGAGGAGGCGCUGGCCGACUUCAAGUACGGCAAGACGCCCACCCUGAUCGCCACCUCGGUGGCGUCGCGUGGUCUCGACAUCAAGGGCGUGGCCUGCGUUGUGAACUACGACCUGCCGAAGGCGAUCGACGACUACGUGCACCGUAUCGGCCGCACGGGGCGUGUCGGCAACACGGGCAAGGCCAUCAGCUUCUACGACUGUGACCGGGACAGCGGCCUGGCCGGCGACCUGGUGAAGAUUCUGUCCGAGGCCCAGCAGGAGGUACCCGACUUCCUGCAGCGCGACGCCGGCUCGGCCGACUUCGGCGGCGGCGGCGGCAUGUUCGGCGGCAACCGCGACAUCCGACGUGGGUUCGGAGGUGGCAGCGGCGGCGGCGACAAUCAGGGAUACAACCAGUCGGCGCCGACCCAGGAGGCGGAGGAGGACUGGGGCUAAGUGGCCAGACGGAGAGCGCCGGGCGGCAGUGAUCCGGGCGGCCUGCCAGAGGCCGACGGUGAGCCGCGCGGCCGGCCCGCCCUGUUCCUCCAUCUCUGUCGCAGGUUGAGCGACCCGCUGGGGCCGGACGUUGUUGAGUUAGCCGUGCAAUGGCGGCAGAAAGUGUACGCGGCGACGCGUUGGUAGUCUGUUAGAGUUCGUUUAUUACCAAGUUGGUAGCCAUUCUCAGUUCAGCGUUCCAUGUUAGGGACGGCCGGGUGCCGCCGCGCGGUGCGGUGCGGCGUGUUGCCGCGCUCGGAGGGCGGUGUGCGGACCGGCGGCGCUGCGGCCGCCCGGUCCGCGCCGCCGACUCAGCUACUCGGGUCUGUUGGUGCCGGGGCGCGCGGCGCGGUGUGUGGUGUGGCCGCCGGGCGGCCGGCCGGCCGUACCAGGCUGUGACCGCGGCGUGACCAGGCCGACCGGGCGCCCGGCGGCCACCGCGCCCGCCCCGGCCGCUGUGUGAUGGCUCGGCAUCCGAGGGCCCUGUUAGUCCAGUUUAUUGUGCUACGCUCGAUUAAACACGUUUUUAUUUA